GUGAAUUGGAUUGCUUCCUUUAGUGUGUGUGGUUAACCAGAAGCCCCUGCUUGUAUGCAUUUUAUUAUUGCACUUAAUCGCUUUGUUUUAUCUAAAAACCCUGCACUUUCUUAAUAACUGUGCUUUGCAGCAUUGCAACAUUGAUUUUGCACAGUGCAAAGCCAAAGCACGAGCCAGCAUGUGAAAUGAAAUGCCUCAGCAAGAACAAAGACAAUGCAACUCUCUCCAGAGGGCUUCAACAACAAGUCGAGCUUGUGUGUUGCUCACCACAGUCACCAGCUCAGCUGCAACAGCCAAUGCAAUCCGAUGCAACUCAUCCAUCCAUCUGCACGUGCACACACUCGUCACUUUUUGAGAUUCCCCUCACAGUUGCUUUAAAUACUCACUUCCAUCCGUGCAUCAGUGAGAGGUGAAUUUAUUGCGAGCAAAUAGGCGUUGGAUGUUCUAAAGCAUCGAUGCAUUGGGGAAACUGAGACCCAUGGCAAAGUGGUUUAGAGAUCACCUAAGUUUUGGCAGCAGGAAAGGACCUCCGCAGCCCCCGACACCGGACUACACCGAAAGCGAGAUCCUACGGGCCUACAGGGCUCAGAAAGAGCUGGACUUUGAGGACCCGUACGAACCCUCGGAGAACCGGGUGCUGAACGGCUCAGGGUCGGUGGAAACAUUCCCCGCGUUUGGCGCGGUGCUGUCCAACGGCGUGGAGGUGAAGAUCGUGUCUCCCAAACACAGACUGAUAAAAGUGGAAUCUCAGGAAUUCGGGCGUAGCAAAAUACCACUGAACAUCGUGACCUUUGAGGAACCGCAGGCCCCUGUGGUUCCUUCGGCUCCUGCAGUUGGGGAGACUGAUUACUCGGACCCGUUUGACGCCAGACCGGACCCGCGGCCCAGACCUGGCUGGGAGCAGAACGCCGUCGAAGCCUGCAGCAGUUACAUGGAGCCGUUUGAGGCCCAGAGAUUCAUAAGCGAGCUCCAGCACAGCACAGAUCAGGGUAGAAACAGUCCGCAGCUCUACGACAGCCCUUACGAAGAGAGAGUUCGGCCCCAGGCGGCCCCAGCGGAGGACGAGAGAGAGAGCCGUCUGCCCCAGGACGACGAGAGGCCGGCGGAUGAGUACGACCAGCCCUGGGAGUGGAAGAAAGAGAACAUCUCCAAAGCCUUCGCAGUAACUUUUGAAGCCAGAGACUGGGAACAAUGUACACUGCCCCGUGACGAGGCACCGAGGAAGGCAGGAGCGUCCAGAAUCAGCCCUCCAUCCAGCAGAGCCACCAGCCUGCACAAGCCCAGCAACACACAUGGCAUCCUGGGAGAGAGGGUGGAUCCCACACUGCCCCUGGAGAAACAGGUAUGGUACCAUGGUGCAUUGACUCGCUCAGAAGCCGAAUCUCUGCUCACGCUGUGUAAGGAGUGCAGUUACCUGGUGAGGAAAAGCCAGACCAGCAGAAACGACUAUUCGCUGUCUCUCAGGAGCUGUCACGGGUUCAUGCACAUGAAGUUCUCGCAGUCUCGGGAUGGGAAGUUCAUCCUGGGAGAGAACAGUCCUCCAUUUGGCUCCAUCCCUGAAGUCAUUCAUUACUACACCACGAACAAACUGCCCAUCCGCGGAGCCGAACACCUGUCCCUGCUGUUCCCGGUGCUGGUGCAGACGCUCUGAGACCACACACACACACACUUACCAUGCGCUCGCACACGUACACACUCAGGGCCUCACUCAGACGGCUACUAUAGUGCUUCAUUAUCAAACACAUAUCGCAGGCUCUUUGAGAGUUUGAUUUGAGUUUGGAGUGGGAAUUUGAUUUUUCAGGCGUGUGAAUGAAAACACAGUCGGCCUGUACAGAAACUGUAUUGAUGUACUGCACACGUGUGAAGUAUAUUUUACACACCACAGAACUCUAAAGUGUCUUCGCAUCACACUGGGAACUGUAAUAUUAUUACUUUCUCUGCUCCAAACUCUUCAAAUGAUAGUUUUAACAUUUGAAGAUAAAAUGUAGCCCGACCAAAGUAUUUAUAAAGAUUUUGCUAAAUACUAAAAAGCAAUGAUGUACAGUACAAAUCCCAUCCUCUGUAGGAUUUCUUGCUUUAAAAAGUGAUUCACCUGAAAUGACAGUUGUCCUCAUCUGCUCAUUCUCAUGUCAUUCCGAACCUGUAAAACACAAAAGAUCUUUUGAAUGAUGUUAAUGAAAGUGGAUGCUGAUCAUGGCUGUUAUGCUCUAAAAAGGACAAAAUCAGCAUAAAUGUAGUCCAUAUAAGUCUUCUAAAGCCACACAAUAGAUUUGUGUGAAGGAAAAAAAAUGCAGUGUUGCAGCU